CGACAACAAUAAUUAUAAUCGCAUAUCUGUAAGCCUCGUAAGAUUUCACACAAGAUUGGUUUCGAUAAAAUAAUUUAUCAAUAUGAUAAGGCUUGUAUCGGCAUGUAGGGCAAAUCAAACGAUGUGGGACAAACGAACAAACAUGUGGUGUGCUACUCUGUUAUUAAUUGCAGUUGUAAGCUGUAAUGCAGAAUCAUUUGAAUUAAAGACGGCUGAGCUGUCUCCUCAGACUGUCAGUCGAAUUGUAGGCGGGGUGGAGACCACCGUGGAAAGGUAUCCAUUUAUUGUUCAGGUGCUAUACAACGCACAGUUCUAUUGCGGGGGCUCUCUGCUGACGUCACGGCAUGUGCUCUCUGCGGCUCACUGUUUCGUUAAUGAUUUUGGCUAUGUCCUACCCGCUAAUCGCUUCGCCAUCAGGAUGGGCACAACAUUCCUGAACACUGGUGGAUCCCUGCACCAAGCAUCGCAAGUGAUAGUCCACGAGUCGUACAACAACCCGUACCGGGAUAACGACGUGGCCGUGGUGGUGUUGCGUUCAGCAGCCAGCCUCAGUCCUAGCGUGCAGUUCGCGGUCCUCGGGGCCCGGGGACAGGAGCUACCUGACAACACCACCGUCACUGCUGUCGGGUGGGGACGCACACAUGUGAACAACACAAUGCCGUCGACAGUGCUGAAUGAGGUGACGGUAAUGAAAGUCAACCGGUCUGUCUGCGAGGAUCGAUACCGUCUCCUGGAGGAGAUACACUCCGUCCCAUUCCCGGUCACCAAUACCAUGAUUUGCGCAGGAAUACUCGAUGUUGGAGGCAAGGACGCAUGCGGUGGCGACUCGGGCGGGCCGCUACUGUACGGCAACGUGCUGGUGGGAGUCACCUCGUGGGGCUGGAGCUGCGCCGAGCCGACGUGGCCCGGCGUGUACGCCAGGGUCGCGAAUUACACCGACUGGAUCGAAGCUAAGAUACAGCAAUACAACUCGGCCGGCAUCAGCAGAGUCGGAGCCGUUACUCUACUCACGCCUAUAUUGUUCCUGAUACUCAACUUAUAAGAUAUUGCUAGCGAGACAAGUGAAGGAAACUUCUAGAAUGCUUGAAGUUUCAAGCCAAAAAAAAUGUGAUUUAUGUAAAGCAUGAAUGCCGAAUCUUGGCGAAACUGAAAUUAGCUUCCUAUAGUUUACUACUCUAUUCUGACUUUUUAGACU